AAAACACAUCUUCCCAGUCUUCUUCUUCUUCUUCUUCUUUUGCUUCUUCUUCUGCUUCAAUCUUUUAUCUAGUUCUUUGAGUUUUUCGCACCAAUGGCGGACGAAGUGAUUCUAUUGGGGUUCUGGAGCAGCCCUUUUGUGAUGAGGGUGAAAAUAGCUUUGGCUGAAAAAGGGGUAGAGUGUGAGUCUAGAGAAGAGAACCUGAGGGACAAGAGUCCUCUGUUACUGGAAAUGAACCCUGUUAAGAAGCAAAUCCCAGUUUUGAUACACAACGGAAAGCCCGUAUGCGAGUCAAUGAUUAUUGUUCAGUACAUUGAUGAAGUGUGGAAGGACAAAUCUGCUCUAUUGCCGUCUGAUCCUUACAAGCGAGCGCAAGCCAGGUUCUGGUCUGAUUUCGUGGACAACAAGAUAUAUAGCCUUGGGAAACAACUAUGGUUAUCAACAGGUGAAGACCAAGAAGCUGCCAAGAGUGAGCUCAUAGAAUGCUUCAAGCUAUUGGAAGGGGAGUUGGGAGACAAGCCAUACUUUGGGGGUGAGACUUUUGGCCUAGUAGAUGUGUCACUAAUCCCAUUCUCCUGUUGGUUCUAUGGGUAUGAGCAGUGGGGAAAAAUUAGCAUGGAGAAAGAGUGCCCGAAACUAGUUGAUUGGGCUCAUAGGUGCAUGAAAAAAGAGAGUGUGUCAAAGUCUAUCCCUGAUCAGCACAAGGUUUAUGACUUCCUCACUGAGAUAAGGAUGAAGAUUGGUUCUAAGUAGAACCCUGGGAGUAAGUAUGAUGCCGAAUAAAGGGAGAAGAAAGCUUAUACUUUCUAUGAUAGAAAGUGUAUGACAUUGUUCUAUCAGCCCAUUUUGUAUGUUUUGGCCCCUUUUUUUGGAUUUUCCUCCCCUUCAAAUUUGCUCUUGUCCUCUUUUACCUUUAUGUUUUUCUUUAUGUUGUGUUCGUCAAGGGGAAUGUUUUCUUCUUGUUACACUCAAUGUUUUCUUCUAGUGUAUUUUUGCUCAAUAUAUAUCUCAUAUGAAGGAUUAGCCACUGC